UAGUGAUAAUCAUAUGAUUGAGAAGUUUUUCAAAUGAAAACAAAAAUAUAAAUAAAACUCCGAUUUCUGAACCACUAUUUCGUGAGUAAUGCAAUACAAGUGUUGUAUUCAUUCAUAACUCAAAGUAUUUUCGCAAAUCAAUCGUCAAAUCAAAUCAAUACUCAAAAUGUCUUUGAAGUGCUAUUUGUGUUGACAUCCAUUACACCAAACCAUUGGAUCAGACAACGAGUGCACACAUCCAUCACCACUACAUUAAUCCCAAAACUAACCACCAAUUAAUAGAUUGAUAAUAUCUGAACCUAAUGGACAACCCGACACCCGUACCGCCAAACAUGUGGUCAUCACUGCCGGAACCGCUAUUACUGGAGAUAUUCAAGAACUUAUCGUCUGAUCAGAUGGCGAACGUAUGUCUGGUGUGUCGGCAGUGGUCUCGUAUUGGCUGCGAUGACCUCUUGUGGAAACACCUGCUCUACAAACGCUUCGACGGCAUCGACCCCUCCAUCGACCGACCCAUCGGUUCCCUCGGCUAUCGACACGAAUGCAAACGACUUAUAUAUCACACGCCGAAG